CUUCGCGGCAGCUGAUCGAAAGCGCAAACUUGACAAGAGCCAGCCGCUGCACGUCGAGCUGCAGUUUUCACAACGAAAUCAGCGGGUAGAUACGGUGAACAUCUGUCAGGGUGUCCGCGCGCAUCAUGUCCAGCAUCCAGCUGCUCAGAGUGCUCGUUAACGAGCGGCUGUCUGCGGCCGCGGAGGAGAUCUUCGAGGCGGUCAGGAAAACCAUCGCGGGCUACGAGGAGGAGAUCCUGCUGUCCAAACGGGAGAUCCGCCGGCAGCGCAGGGUGCUGCAGACUGUUUUAAAACCUGAAAUAAAGAUACACAAACUCUCAGACCCACCACAGCUGGCUCUGUCCGUCUGGGACGAUGACCUCCCCUCCGACCAGCAGCAGGAACCCGGUGAUCAGGAGUGGAGCUCCGGUCUGGACCAGGACGACCAGGAGCCGCUGCAAACUGAAAAGAGCCGGGAGGACCUCCCCGCCAGCCAGGAGGCAGAGCCGCUUCAGGAGCUGGAUGAGGAUACAACCAUCAGGUUCAUCUUCACUCCUCCGUACGUGAAGAACGAGAACGACCAGCCUCAGUCCGGCUAUCGGAGCGCUAAAGGAGAAGGAGAUCCUCUGCCGAGCACUUCAGCUGAGCAGGACCAGACGAAGGAGGAGGACGAUGACGGAGCUUCCUCCAGCUGUUCUGCAGCCGAACACGACGACAGCGACGAGGACUGGAGGGGCAGCGAGGGCUCUCAGACCGACGACAGCGACAGCAACCGCAAGUGGAAGAAGGUGAAGGGGCCCCGUCUACCCAUGGCCCCAAAACUGCACCCGACUAAAAAAUCUAAAUCGCGAAUCUGCUGUAAAGUCUGCGGGAAAGCCUUUCACGCCAACGUCUCUUUGGUGAACCACAUGGAGGUUCACCCAAAGGACGUGUGCGGCGUGUGCGGCGAGCGUUUCGAGACCGAGGAGAGCUUCCGGGUUCACCUGAAAACACACGUGAAAGCUGAAAUCUGCAGCGUUUGCGGGAAAUGUUUCGGGGCCUCCAGCUCUUUGGAGACGCACAUGAGGAUCCACACGGGAGAGAAGCCGUUUAACUGCAGCGAGUGCGGGAAAUCCUUCAACUGUCGCCACAACAUGAUGCGACACAUCAGGAUACACACGGGGGAAAAGCCGUACCCAUGCACCGUCUGCGGCAAAUGCUUCAACGACUACUCCACGUUGAAACGCCACCUGUUGGUCCACGUGCACAAGAAGAACCUCGACCCAAAUGAGAAUGAAAAUGGCGAUGACGACGAGAAAAAGACAAAGACAUCGUCGCCAAAGAAGCAGCAGACUCGGACCAUAUGUGAAGUUUGCGGGAAAAUGUUUCACUCCAUGGUUUCUCUGGUGAAUCACGCCAAAAGCCACGCCACGGACCUCUGCGGCGUUUGCGGGACGCAUUUCGACUCGCAGGAGAACUUAAAACUUCACCUGAAAACUCACAAAAACGGGAAGGUGUGCGAAGUGUGCGGAAAGUGUUUUGACAGUCAGGGGAACCUGGAGAUGCACAUGCGGAUCCACACGGGGGAGAAGCCGUUCCUCUGCAGCGAGUGCGGGAAAUCCUUCAACUGCCGCCACAACAUGAUGCGGCACAUCAGGACCCACACGGGGGAGAAACCCUAUCUGUGCAACAUCUGCGGCAGGUGUUUCAGCGACCACUCCACCCUGAAACAGCACAGCAGCACGCACACGGGAGAGAAACCACACCGCUGUGAGGUCUGCGGGAAAGGCUUCCACCGAAAGACGUACGUGAGACUUCACAUGAAGAGCCACACGACUGAGAAGUGACUGUUGUGUAAAUGUAGCGGAGUGUAAAUAAAACGUUUUUCAAGUUUAA